CAUGGAUCUAUGGUUUCAUUCGAUCCGGAUUUGCUGGUGGAGGGUUUUGUUUCUGAUGAGUAUUUUCCAGGACUAUUUGAGCUCCAUGCUGGACUGCCCGCCGACCUGCAGCUGCUCUCAAACAGAGAUCUAUUGCAAUAAGUCCGACAACGGCAGGUUUUUCCCUUUACUCGCCCUGCAAGAUACUGGGAACAAUGGCACCAGUGUUGACAUAGCAGAGUUAUUCAAAAACAUCACCUCUAUACACAUAGAGAACUGGACAGGAUUGCAGACUCUGAGAGACGUUGAUAUGGAGCUCUACACUGGACUACAGAGACUAACUAUCAUGAAUUGCAACCUGCGGGUGAUCCAGGCUCGAGCGUUCGCUCAGAACCCACACCUACGCUACAUAAACUUGUCAAAGAAUCCUCUCACCACUCUGUCAUGGCAGCUCUUCCAGCACCUCCAACUCUCCGAGCUGCGUCUGGAUGGUGUGGUGUUCGACUGUGGUUGUGAUAUCCGCUGGAUCCAGCUAUGGCAGCAGAAAGGAGAAGCUGGGCUCCACACGCAGCAGCUCUACUGCAGGAACGGAGCCUCCAAAAUACGACUGCACAACAUGUACAUCCACAACUGUGACUUACCAGAGAUCAGUGUGAGCCACAGCAGUGUGUUGGUGAUGGAGGGUGACAAUGUGACAGUGAGCUGCAAUGGAUCUGGAUCGCCACUUCCUGAAGUGGACUGGACUGUCAGCGGCCUGCACUCCAUCAACACACACCUGUCCAAUGUGUACUGGCCCAAUAUCCACUCUAUCAACCUGACUCUCUUCAACAUCAGCCGAGAUGACAACAACUUCCAGCUGACGUGCAUCGCAGAGAACGUUGUGGGGAUGACCAACUCCUCCAUCCAGCUCAACGUACAGUUUCCUCCUGUCAUCCUGAGACUGGCUGAGCCUGAGCAGCGCCUCCACACCUGCAUCGAGUUCACGGUUCGGGGUUACCCCCACCCCAAGCUGCGUUGGUUGUACAAGCAGAAGGAGAUUCUCCAGAACGACUACAUCCGAACUGAGAUGGACUUCUACCAGGACUAUCUGGAGGGGUGUCUGACCUUCCAGAACCCCACACACAUCAACAACGGCAACUACACUCUGGAGGCCAGCAACCCCCUGGGAACAGUCACCAAGACGGUGUAUGCCCACUUCCUCAUGAAACCGGGCAUCAUUGAUGAAGUUACUUCGACGCCAUCAGAUGGUGAAUCAGGCCGACCAGAUGAAGAUACAUUCGGGGUUUCCAUCGCUGUUGGUUUGGCGGGCUUCGCUUGCGUCCUCCUCCUCGUCCUUUUUGUUCUCAUCAACAAAUAUGGCCGGCGCUCCAAAUUCGGUAUGAAAGGUCCAGUAGCUGUGAUCAGUGGUGAGGAAGACUCUGCCAGCCCCCUGCAUCACGUCAACCAUGGGAUUAUUACCCCCUGCACUCUAGAUGCGGGUCCUGAUGCGGUUGUCAUAGGGAUGACUCGUAUUCCCGUGGUGGAGAAUCCUCAAUACUUCAGACAUGGACACAACUGCAACAAGCCAACCACCCUUGUCCAGCAUAUAAAGCGGAGAGACAUCAUCCUGAAGAGAGAGUUGGGUGAGGGAGCGUUCGGGAAAGUCUUCCUGGCAGAGUGUUACAACCUGAGCCCCACCAAGGACAAGAUGCUGGUGGCUGUCAAGACGCUGAAAGAUCCCAACCUGUCAGCGAGGAAGGACUUCCAGAGGGAGGCAGAGCUGCUGACCAACCUGCAGCACGACCACAUUGUUAAAUUCUACGGAGUGUGUGUAGACGGAGACCCACUCAUCAUGGUGUUCGAAUACAUGAAGCAUGGAGACCUCAACAAAUUCCUCAGAGCCCACGGCCCAGACGCCAUGAUCCUGGUAGACGGCCAGCCGCUGCAGUCCAACGGAGAGCUGGGCCUUUCCCAGAUGCUGCACAUCGCCACCCAGAUUGCCUCGGGCAUGGUCUACCUGGCCUCCCAGCACUUUGUCCACAGAGAUCUGGCAACCCGUAAUUGCCUGGUGGGCAAUGGCCUGCUGGUCAAGAUUGGAGACUUCGGCAUGUCUAGGGACAUCUACAGCAGCGACUACUACAGGGUUGGAGGACAUACCAUGCUACCUAUUCGCUGGAUGCCCCCCGAGAGCAUCAUGUACAGGAAAUUCUCCACGGAAAGCGACGUCUGGAGCUUUGGAGUCAUCCUGUGGGAGAUCUUUACCUAUGGGAAGCAGCCUUGGUUUCAGCUGGGUAACAAUGAGGUUAUUGAGUGCAUAACCCAGGGUCGGGUUCUGGAGAGGCCACGGAUUUGUCCUAAGGAGGUGUAUGACAUCAUGCUGGGCUGCUGGCAGAGGGAACCGCAGCAGCGACUGAACAUUAAGGACAUUCAGAAGGUUCUGUUUGCCAUGGGAAAAGCCACGCCGGUCUACCUGGACAUCCUGGGCUAGCAGCAGCCCCGGAUGGCCCAUUCCUCGCCAGACGGACAGAUCGACAGAGACAUACAGACAGACCGACCCACAUGAAUCCAGGAAUAACCAAACCAACCUGCUCCACUGUCGAAAAACAUCUACAAAUGUUUGGGAAGGACUUAAGUGCCUGCAACACUUUUGGAUAUAGUGGAUAAAACGUAUUCAAAAAACACGCACUUUUACAUUUUGUUUACUUGCGUAUAAGAUGUACAGGUUUGAAGACUUUUUUUUCCCUCAAAAAAAACUGCAAAAAUACACAAAAAUGGAGACGAAAACAGAAGUAUGUGGACUGGCAAUUGGAAAAUGGCCAUAGUUUGAUUAUAUUAUAGAGAGAACACGUCAGAGUUAAAAUCUAUCCUGGGUUUGGUUUUAUGAAUAUAUAUAGAAAUAUUACAUAUAUUUUAUAUUUAUUUCUUUUUGUCAAGGUGUUGGAGGGUCUGCCAUGUGUGUUGCUAAGGGCUCGGCCCUGUCCGAAGACAUCACCGACAAACUAUUGGCAGGGACUUAACGAAGGAAGCCUUACUUGCACUCUGAUUGGCCGGCACUCAGCUUUUAUGGGAAUUCUGCUUCUGUGGAAGAACACUGGAUGGUUGAAAAAAAACAAAAAAAAAAAACAAAAC